CGGCGGCGGACGGGCACCUGCUGCCGCCUCGCCCGCAGCGGCGCCGCGCUUUGUCCGGGCUGAGCGGGCGCGCCCGGCCACGGCGGCGCCCGGCCCCGCUCAGCACAGCGGCGGGCGGCUCUCGGGGCGUCGCCUGGCUCCGGCGGCCUGGGCACGGCGGGGGAGCGUGAAUGAGAGUUUGCUCCGAUUUCCGAGCAGGAAUCAUGGAAUGAUUGAGGUUAAAACGGACCUCUGGAGGUACCUGAUCCAACCCCUAGUUCAAGCAGAGCCACCUAAAAGCAGAGACUCCAACCGUCAUGUUAAGGUAAAGCAGAAAAGUGCAGUGCUGAACAUGCUAAAGAAGUUGGACAAAAUAAGGUUCAGAGGUCACAAGAGAGAUGAGUUCCUUGAUUUAGCAGAGUCUCCAAAUGCUUCAGACACUGAAUGUGGAGAUGAAAUCCCAGUGAAGAUACCUCGAACGUCAGCUCGAGACAAUGAAGAGCUGAGAGACCCUGCUGGUCCAGGGACCAUCAUCAUGGCUUCAGGAGUCCAGGAUUUUAACAGAACAGAAUCUGACAGACUGAAUGAGAUCAAAGGUCACCUGGAAAUAGCCUUACUGGAAAAACACUUUUUACAGGAGGAGCUCAGGAAGCUGAGAGAAGAAACAAAUGCUGAAACGUUAAGGCAAGAGCUAGAAAAGGAACGGCAGAGGAGAUUAGAACUAGAACAAAGAGUCAAUGAAGUACUUAAAACAAGGGCAGAAGAGGUGCCUGCAGCUCAGCAACCUGCAAAGCCACAGGCACAAGCCAAUGGAACAGAUAAGCGUAGUCACACAGUCUGCUCGAGACUCCAAAAGUGGUUUUGUGACAAAUUUGGGGAGUAUCUUGAGGACUUCAGAUUUCAGCCGGAAGAGAAUACAGUGGAAACAGAAGAGCCACUUAGUGCUAGAAGGUUGACUGAAAAUAUGAGAAGAUUAAAGAGAGGUGCCAAACCUGUUACAAAUUUUGUGAAGAAUCUUUCUGCCUUAUCAGACUGGUAUUCUAUCUACACUUCUGCUAUUGCCUUUAUUAUUUACAUCAAUGCUGUAUGGCAUGGCUGGGCCAUUCCUAUGUUCUUAUUUUUAGCAAUUUUGAGGUUAUCCCUAAAUUACCUCAUAGCCAGGGGUUGGAGAAUACAGUGGAGCAUUGUGCCUGAAGUUUCUGAACAGAUGGAGCACCCAAAAGAGGACCUGACCGUGUCUGAAAAGUUUCAGCUCGUCCUAGACGUGGCUCAGAAGGCUCAGAACCUUUUUGGCAAGAUGGCAGACAUACUGGAAAAAUUUAAAAACUUGUUCAUGUGGGUCCAGCCAGAAAUAACACAGAAGCUCUACUUUGCUCUAUGGGCAGCUUUUAUUGCAUCCUGCUUUUUGCCCUACAGGAUUCUUGGGCUUGCAUUGGGACUCUAUGCUGGAAUCAAGUUUUUCCUUAUUGAUUUUGUCUUCAAACGAUGCCCCAGACUAAGAGCUAAGUAUGAUACUCCUUAUAUCAUCUGGAUAAAUCUCCUGACAGAUCCUCAGCUCAAAGAAAGAUCCAAUGCUACAGUGUCAAGACGGCUGUCAGGGCAUGAAAAGCUUCAAACAGCAGCCUCAAGGAGUUACGUGGGCUCAAGUGCUCCAACUGGAAUAAGCAAAGAUGAAGACACAAGUCGUUUUCAUACCACCAAGAGAGGAAAUUUCCAUGAAGUUUUUAACCUGUCAGAGAAUGAACGUCCUUUGCCAGUGUGUGAAAAUGGCUGGCGCUGUUGCUUGAUUAACAGGGAUCGGAAGAUGCCUACAGACUACAUCAGGAAUGGAGUUCUUUAUGUCACAGAAAAUUACUUGUGCUUUGAAAGCUCAAAAUCCGGCUCAUCAAAAAGAAAUAAAGUUAUAAAGCUGUCGGAUAUAACAGAUAUCCAGAAGUAUAAAGUGCUCUCUGUUCUCCCGGGAUCAGGAAUGGGUAUUGCUGUAUCGACACCAUCUACACAGAAACCUUUGGUGUUUGGUGCCAUGGUACACAGAGAUGAAGCUUUUGAGACAAUUUUCAACCAAUACGUGAAAAUAACAUCUGCACCAUCCAGCAGUGAAAGCUAGUGUCUUAUCUUGGAAGAGCUGAAGGAAACUUUCUUACUGUAUGACUUGGUAGUGGAAAAAAUGAACAUCCUCAUCUAUUUUGCAAUAAUUUUUCUUGUCUGGUGGUUUAUAUUCUAUCUGUUACAUAAACCAAGUGUAUUUUAUAUAUGCCUUCAUGUUUGUUUUUAAGGUUUUUGUAAAAAAAAGACAAAAAAAACCAAAUGAAACAAAACAGUGGAAGUGCUAUCAUCACUAUUAGCCUUGCACAUUAAGCACUUUUAAUGUUUAUUUGCUGACAUUAAAAACUGGGAAGAUGCUUGGAGACCCGACUGUAUAACAGAUUGAUCCCUUUAUCUCCACUGAUGUCACUAGGGAUACAUUUGUCCCUUUAUCUUAGUUGUUUUUCCCCGAGAUGUGAGAAUGAUGACAGCAGCAGCCUGAAGUCUCCUUCUUCAGCCUGGAGUUUUUAAUUGGGUCCUUUAUUAAAACCGAUAGCAACACCAAGGAAGUAUUAGCAUCUUAGUAUUUCCAUAUUUACAACUGCAUUUAAAAUAACUACUUCUUGCUGAUUUUUGCAUUGCGGAAGGAUGUUUUACUGUUUUGGUUAACUUCAAUUUUUCCUGCAUAGAGAUGUUUUAAAUUACUUGUACAGUGAAUUGGAGGAGAAAGUUUGUAACUGUAUUUUCCUUUCCUCAUUAACCAAAGUAAGAGGAAGGAAGGCAGGCAGAUACUUUUUAUAAAAGAGGGCACCAAAAUGUUGUUCCUAAAAUGUUAGGCAUCAUAUAAUUAUAUUUCUAUAGGUACUUGUCCUAGAAGGGCUCAGCUGUUGUACAUGUUGCAUGUACAAGGCGUUUGUAUGUUAAUGCAUUAAAGAUUUGAAGGCUUUUUGUUUUGAGGGAGGUGAGAGUAAUUAAACUCAACUCAGAUGUGACCUUUAAAUUUGGCUCUUCUCUUGAGUUACCUUGUAAUAAAAAAACCUGCUAUAAUAUAGCAACUGAAAGCACUAAUUCCUCUCAAAGCAUAAUUUGAGGACCAUUGGUGUGCUUCUGUCUUCCCCCUUGCAGAAUUAAACUUUUGUAACAAUUAAACCCAACUGCCAGGUAAAACAGGAAGGCUGCACUCCUCUAAACUCUCUCAGGCCUGUCUAGCAGCAAAGCACAUACUGACCUUUGUCUUUAAUAUUAGAAAGCUUUUAUACUCUAUAUAAAGCACCCAUCUGAGAGGUUUAGAAUUUUACUUGCAUUUUUGUGAAAGCACAGUAGGAGUUAUGCCAAGCCUUCCAGAGUGUCUUUUCCUUUGCUGUGUCUUUUAGAGUUGAGUAGUAAGACGCUGUAUGAAUGGCCCUAAAAAAAAGCAAUGGAGAUGCAAAUUCUUAUGUAAAAAUGGGACGUAAUUUCAUGGAUUUUUUUUCCUCUGUUUUUUUUUAAAUGGUAAUUUCCUUUCUUUAUAGGGAAAGGGGUAAAAUGAAGGAGGGAGAGGGGUAGCAAACACCAAAGGGUGUUUAACUCUUAGCACAGAUUUAAAUUAAAGUGUGUCAAUAAAUGCAGGAGUAAUGAAGAA